AUGGUUGAACUUCUCCUGAAGCACGGUGCAGACCCCACCUUGGAAGAAGCUUACAAUCUCCCUGGCGUUCUGGACGCAGCCGUUUACGGGGGCAAUGUGGAAAUUCUCAAGUUGCUUCUGGAACAUUCGUUGCCUCCGAGUGUCAACUAUGUACCAAAAGACUUCGACGACAUCCUUAUCGAGGCGGCGGAGAAGGACGUAGAGUUGGUGAAGCUACUCCUGGAUCACGGUGCCGAUACAAAACGAUUCUUGGCACCUGGUGACCCCAGAACCCCGCUACAGGCUGCAGUUCAGGAGGGAAAUCUCGCGUUGUGCAAGCUAUACGUCGAAUAUGAGCCGGGCCUGGUGAACUAUCAGGAUAAGGAGGGCUUGGUGUGUGAAACGCCUCUGAACAUUGCAGCCAGAGAAGGCCACCUGGAGAUUGUCCGCUGUCUCCUCCAAGCAGGGGCCAAACCCAACAUCCAAUCGUUCUACUACCAGGAAACACCGCUUUGGUCAGCAUGUUCUCGAGGGAAAUUCGAGGUUGCCAAGCUUCUUUAUGAGAAAGCUCCUGAAACCAUCAAUACCCCUUCUUAUGAUGGCGAAACACCCCUUAUGGGAGCAUGCUCCUCCGGUGCAAUUAGAGUCGUUGCCUUUCUUCUCGAACAUGGAGCCGACUUUACGCCCAGAUACUCGACUUGCGGCUCGUGUGUCUGGAAAGCCUUGACGAAUAACAGUAACGCACCAGCGUACAAGAUGAUCGAACUGCUGAUUCAGCACGGUCUUGGCGUGGACGAUGUCGUCAGCUCGGUUGGAUUUACCGUGCUGGGCGAGGCCUGCAGGAGCGGGGAUCUGCCGGCGGUGCGGUACUUGUUGGACUUGGGUGCUGAUCCGGUGAAAGGACAACUCUGUCCGGGAAAAGAAGCCUCCGACAAUUCUUGGAGGAGUGCCGCGCAAGUUGCCGUGGACAACCGUGAGCCUGGGAUUCUCGAUGCCUUGCUCCAGCAUCCCAAGGUCGCUGACUUCAUUGCCAACGCCGAUGUUUAUGGGGAGACGGUACUGCAUACGGACGACCCGCGAGCGGAGGUGCCGGCGAUGAUGACUAUGAUCCAUAAUACUUGUGAAAGGCUGAGGAGGGAGACCGGCGUGGAUCAUUGGGAAAGGAUGCUGCGUGCUGAGGAUUUCGGGGGCCAAAAACCACUUGAUACCGCAAUAGGAGGGUGUCACAAACCGUUGACUGACCAAGCUGUCGCAAACGCCGACGAAUUCAUCGCACAGUAUAUUGCGCAACUAGUCAUAGCGCAGCACAGGACGAUCGACGACCACUAUUACAUCAUCAGAAUGCUAUCGCGGCUGCUCCUUCUCCGGACUGGGUACGACGAUGAAGCUGUCAGACUGAUACAGGCCUACGUCGUGGAUCCUUGGGUGAGAGAGAAGGACGACCGUGUCGAGGAAGCGGUGUUCUGCGAGUACUAUUGCGAUGAGUGCGGCAAAGAUGCCGAGGAGGAGACGCUCUACUUCUGCCGGUUUUGUGUAUGGACUACUGGACGGUGCUGCUUCAACAAUUACAAAGGGAUGCAUGAACCGAUUGAAGUCCCAUUGGUCAUGGAGAGGCGCAUUGUGGAUAUCAAUUCGGAGGAGUUCAUGGGUGUGCUCAGAGUCCUUGAGCAAGACUUUGUCACCAACAAAGCCCCCCGUGUCGCGGAACCCGCUCAGAAAGAGCUGUUUGAGGUGGAUCCUGAGUCCGGGGACACGACGCUGUCCCUCACCUUUCUGCAUUCCUUGGGGUAUCUUGAGUUCCGACGUCGCGCAUGGAGUCCUUACCUUCCCUUGGCACCCAAGAUAUACAAGCGUAUCGAGCCAUGGGAAUCCUUCAUGAGGCAGGAGAGGAAGGAAUUUCAAGAGUGGGUCUACCGGACGGAAACGGCGCCAUGGAGACUGAAGAACGAACUUGAAUAUUUCCUCGAAUCAGGCAGGAAGACCGCUUACAAGGACGUUGGCACCACCAUAGCCGAGGAGAUAAUGAGGGAUGUGGGUGUACUAUUUCACGAGCCACGCCGCAGCAGAAGCCCGCGGAUGCUGCGGCCGAAUGAGAGGGGAGAGAGGGGCCCACGCAUGCUUUCUGACGAAGAAUCUGACUGA